AUGGAAAACAGGAAACAGAAGGAAAUGUACGAUGCUGUUAUUUUGGGCACAGGAGUCAAAGAGUCCAUUCUGGCGGGGCUGCUGUCUACAACAGGCGCUAAAGUACUGCAGAUGGACGUAUCCCCCGUAUACGGCUCUUCCUCGCGGACCAUUCGGUACAAUGAGUUCAUAGAAGAAAUGAAGAUGAAGUUCCCAGCACAAAAACAGUUCGUGAGCAUAUUUGGAGAGAACGAAGUGUCCAAGCUGUACAUAGACCUUACUCCAAAGAUAUUUCUAGCUGACGAAGGGCUCAUUAAAAUCAUCGCCGAGCACAAUCUCUCCCACUGCAUCGAAUUUUCCAUUAUUUCAGAGCAGUACAUCAUCAAAGAGUCAACGCCGAUCCUCAUCCCCACCACUAAAACAGCAGCACUCACCAGCCAGCUCUGCGGCCCCCUGCAGCUGCUUAAACUGCACAAAUUCAUAAGCAUGAUCAAGGGGUUCUACAAUGCCUCCGAUAUAGAGAAGAAAAACAUUGCAAAACAGUGGAAAACCGUUGAAGAUCUCUACACGUACUACGGGAUAUCGCAGUCUCUGAGAGUUAUCCUGGGGCACGGGGUGGCACUGUACACCUCCAAUGAGUACCUGCAGGAAGACCCUUCCGAGUUCAUUCUACGGCUCACCACGUACUUCAAAAGCGUUGCCAGAAUUAACGGAGAGCAGUCGAGCGGAAACUCUCCAUUUCUUUACCCAAAGUACGGGAUAAGCGAGAUAUCGCAGGGCUUUGCACGGCUCUCAGCAGUAAAAGGGGGAAUUACGAGGAUGGCAACAGAAAUAGUGUCGAUGGAAAGAGAAGAAGAUAAGUACGCGCUAACCAUACGAACAGAGGGCCAGAACGAUUAUAUACACACCAAGUGCAUUAUUGCCAAUGACCAAUAUUAUUCGACAAUACCAAAUGCAAUAAAAAGAAAAGUUCACACUCUCCGAGGAGUAUACAUUCUCAAGUCACUUCCGUACGCAAAGAGCAAACAGGCCCUGAUCACCUCUACAUCCGCACACUCAGACAUAUUCCUACUGGUCAUUGGGGAAAAUGAAGAAGUGUGUCCAUCGGGGUACUCAAUAGCCUACAUCACCGCAGAGUAUAGAGGAGACGUAGAUGCAGUGGAGGCGAUAUACAGCUCGGAAGAGGUGCCUUUGAUCCUUAAAGAAAUAGCAGCACCGGCUGUCAACCAGCUGUACGCAUGGAAGUACUCUAUCAUGCAGCAGUUUCUGUGGGUUGACGAGGCAACAGAGGGCGUGGAAAUGCUUGACCCCAUUGUGCUUCCCCUUAAGCCAAUGGACAAUACGGUGGAUUUUCGAAGUGUGCUGGGAGAAGUUCAGAAUGUUUUUGACAUGUUCUCCAGGACAACAUCAGUGUAG